GUUAGUUGGGAAGAGACGCAGAAAAAGCAAUAAUUAUCAGCAAAUGAUUCAUAAAGUGUUUCAAAGUCUAUAAAACUUCAAAUUCACCCGUAAGUACACCAUAUUUGUGACAUUUCCAGUUGUUUAUGAGACCGACUUUGAACUUGUCAGCAGAUUUUAUAAUAUCGGUAAUCCCGUUAUCUACCAGAUGAGCUGGCAAUAUCACGAAUAAAUGGAGAAUAGCAGCGCAGUAUCAGUACCUUCGUUGAAGGCAGUACCUUCGAAAAGAGAAGGAGACACAAGAAAACCGGCAGACAGGUGCAGAAGUAUAUAAAAAUUGUUAAUAAUUCAAAAUGUAUAACAGGCAUGGGGUUCAUCAUUUUUUAUUGUUUUUUUCACUUUAUGUGCUUAUCGAAUAACUCCAGCCAUCAAGCUCUUUUUCAGUACUAUCUUCAGAAAUAGAACUUCUAAAGUUGUCUAUAGGAGAACUUAAGGCUGAGUUAAGGGAAAUAAAAAACAAUAUCCAAAUUAUCAGAUCAGAUCAGCGAUAUCAGAUCGCAGGUCUGUGAACUGACACCUCUAACUAUCCUCAUGAUUCCCAAGCGGCCAAUCGGUGUUUUGGUUUUGCGUCCGUUAUUACUAAGCGUUUCUGAAAAACUGCAAGGAACAGCGUGAGUCCCAGCGUAGCAAGAGCUGGGCAUUAACGGUUUAUGAGACGUCACUGACAGUUUCUGACGGUAGAAACAGACUUUGGCGGAUUCAGACAGUUGGUGAAAGUUUCGAUAGCCACCGUACAUCUUUCCUGGUGCCAGUCAAGUCCUCUUUGAACAAGCAAUAUCUGGAACCUUUAUGGAAUUGGUUCAAGCUCAACAAUGCCUGGGUCAAAGAAGGGACAGAGCGUCUUGGAUGCAAGCAGGAAAGUAAGUCAUGGUGACUUGUCUGUUAAUUGUAACGAUGUGUCUGAUGUUAAACAUGACAUGGUUGAUGUUACUGUUUCGCCGUUCAGGGAUAAUAGGAACAUCAAACUCCCUAAAUUAGAACCACGGUGUUUUGAUGGAAACCCAGCUGAUUAUUUACACUUUGUAAGGGAAUUUGAAAUCAUGUUGAGUGGGUUUUUAUUAACUGAUGAAAUGAAGUUAAUGUAUUUGAUGAGAUAUUGCACUGGAGAUGCUGCAAGAGCUAUACAGUGCUGUAAGUUUAUGAAGCCGAAAGAGGGCUACUACGAGGCUAUGAGCAUAUUACGUCAAAGGUUUGGAAGACCUUCGAUGAUUGCAGGGAAAUUAUUCGAGGCUGUUAAGGGUAAUGGUGGUCAAUUACAGGAUGACUCCCAGGCACUCACUGAGUUUUUAGAUAAUUUGCUGAUUUACAAGAAUGGAAUGAUUUCGAUGAAUCACAUGAGUGACCUCAACUCGAGUUUUAUACUAGAAGUAAUAGCAAGACGUCUACCUACUCGACUGCAAAGGAAGUGGGUGAAGAUGAGCUCCCUUAUGGAGGAUGAGGGUAUCGAGCCAAAGUUUGAUAAUAUCCUAAAAAGGUAGCGUCAAUCUAUCUAUGAGUAAUUUCGCCAGUCUAUUACAUCUCACCCCUAGAAUAGAGCAGUCUGAGAGCAAAAUGCAAUCAUUGAUGACGAGUAGGCCUCAGAGAGGUGGAUAUCGAGAAGGCUCCAUGAUGUAUAGUAAUGCAUAUAGACCUAAUGAGUGUAACAGGUUUCGUAGUACAUCCUCAACAGAUAAGUUGCAAGCUGCAAGACAAACACGGUUGUGUUUUACACGUUUGCAAGUGGUGCAUACAAAGGUGAACUGUGAACCAGUGAGCAAGUUCAGUGAUAAGCUAAAUGUAAACUCCAGGUCUGACUCCGAAUUGUGUGACGAUAACGGUGCGGUGAAGAAGUCUGUAGUUACAACUGGUAAGCCAUUGUUGAAUAGAGUGUCACAGAAGAGAGUUACAGUCUCACAGGACAGUUCUGACUCCAAAAGUUUAGAAAGUAUUUCUAGUCAAAGUGAAGGUAUAAAACCUUUAAUGAUUUGCGAGGAGGAACCAAAAUUGUCUACUUCUGUUAUUAAAGAGUUUGAAAAUGAUGAAGUUGACGGUAAAUUGAAUAUUUGUGAUAAUGAUCAUGAUAGUGCAGAUUUGUCUUUGGUUGAUCAUGAUGAAAUGAGGGGAAUGCCUACUACUGCUAAGUUAAAU